AUGGCGGAGGACAGCGAGUCCGCGGCCAGUCAGCAGAGCCUGGAGCUGGACGACCAGGACACCUGCGGGAUCGACGGAGACAACGAGGAGGAGAAUGAGCAUCUGCAGGGGAGUCCAGGGGGAGAUUUGGGGGCCAAGAGGAAGAAGAAGAAGCAGAAGAGGAAGAAAGAGAAGCCGAGCUCGGGGGGAGCCAAGUCUGACUCUGCCUCUGACUCUCAGGAGAUUAAGAACCCUGGUUUACCCAUUCAGAAGUUGCAGGACAUCCAAAGAGCCAUGGAGCUGCUGUCCUGCCAGGGUCCUGCAAAGAGCAUCGACGAGGCAGCCAAGCACAAGUACCAGUUUUGGGACACUCAGCCUGUGCCAAAGCUAAACGAAGUUGUGACGAGUCAUGGGCCGAUUGAAGCUGACAAAGACAACAUCAGACAGGAGCCAUAUUCCUUACCUCAAGGCUUCAUGUGGGACACUCUGGAUCUCAGCAAUGCAGAUGUGCUGAAAGAGCUGUACACACUGUUAAAUGAAAACUAUGUGGAGGACGAUGACAACAUGUUCAGAUUUGAUUACUCGCCAAACUUUCUCAAAUGGGCUCUGCGUCCACCUGGCUGGUUACCACAGUGGCAUUGUGGAGUGAGAGUGUCCUCCAAUAAGAAGCUUGUUGGCUUCAUUAGUGCCAUCCCUGCGGAUAUACGCAUCUAUGACAUGCUGAAAAGGAUGGUAGAAAUCAACUUCCUGUGUGUCCAUAAGAAGCUGCGCUCAAAGCGUGUGGCUCCUGUGCUCAUCAGAGAGAUCACACGGAGAGUGAACUUGGAGGGAAUAUUUCAGGCAGUGUACACAGCAGGAGUGGUACUCCCGAAACCUGUGUCCACAUGCAGGUAUUGGCAUCGUUCUUUGAACCCCAGAAAACUUGUGGAAGUUAAAUUCUCCCAUCUGAGCAGAAACAUGACCCUGCAAAGAACCAUGAAACUCUACAGACUACCAGAUAGCAUCAAAACCCCAGGUCUGCGGCUGAUGGAGAGACGCGACAUCCGCCAAGUCACCGAGCUGCUGCAGAAAUACCUUCAGCGUUUCCAGCUAGCACCUUCUUUGGGGGAAGAGGAGGUCACUCACUGGCUUUUGCCACAGGACAACAUAAUUGACACAUACGUAGUAGAGGGUGCUGGUGGUGUUCUGACAGAUUUCACAAGCUUCUACACUCUGCCCUCGACGGUGAUGCAUCAUCCUCUCCAUAGGACCCUGAAGGCAGCUUAUUCUUUUUACAAUGUUCAUACACAAACUCCGCUACUGGACCUAAUGAAUGAUGCACUGAUCUUGGCCAAACUGAAAGGUUUUGAUGUGUUCAAUGCCUUGGAUUUAAUGGAGAAUAAGGGGUUCCUGGAGAAGCUCAAGUUUGGCAUAGGAGAUGGAAAUCUGCAGUAUUACCUCUACAAUUGGAAGUGUCCACCAAUGGACCCUGAUAAGGUUGGCCUCGUCCUUCAGUAGCACGUGUCCUCACGGCGGCUACAAAAAAUACGGAUUGAGAGGUUUUCUGUGACCUCUGGCUUCUCCUUACCUGGACAUACAGGUAGCCCAAGCUAGACAAUGAAAACUACAACAGUCAAACCAACCUGGUGACCGGGCGGCGGUGCACCCGGCACUUGUGUCAUCGAGAACAUUCUCAGUUCCCCCGGAGCUGAAAACUCUUAAAUCAUCAACAUCCUGAAUGUGAAGUCAUGCUAUGCCUGAGAUACUCAUACAGUACAACGCUCCUGACACCAACGCUCACAUUUCAAAACACAUCAGUUUGACAUUCAAGAGGAUGCCUUGACAUUUGUGAGUCUUUGUUUAGCUCUUCCUCAGCAGACACUUUGUUACAAGGUACGGACGUGUUGUUUCAUUUCAUUGAGGGAAAACGUGUAAAUCAGGGAUGGGGAACCUUUUUUCUAUCAGGGGCCAUUUUAGUUUUUAAAACAUCCUUGGAGGGCCACAGUAAAGUAUUGUUUAUUAUUGACACAUUUAUCACACCAGGGCUCCUGACUAAGUUUUGGUUGCACUGGUGCGCCUAACUUUUUCAUUUCGGUGCACCCAAAAUUUUCACUGCGCCCUUUGGUACAACAAUAAAACACCUUUUAAACCUUUCCUUGGCAAUUCAAAUACACAUUGGUAAUAUCUGACCUAGGGCUUGGUAGUGCCACUGAUUUCCCAAAUCGAUUGGAUAUUCGAUCACAAGGUCUCGAUUUGAUUCGAUUAUGCAACUGUGCAAGGAAACCUCUAACUUGGUGCAUUAUUAAAAAUAUUGACAUUAGGUUGUGUUGUAUUUGGUUACUAUUCCGGCGUUUCCUUGAGGACAGGGUGCGGUGUGUGUGUGGCCGCGUCGCUCUUCACAACAAACAGUUAUGUGAGUGUGUGAGUGUCAGCUCGGCCUCGCUCCCUUAUUUAGAGGAUACGACUCGAUCCAAUACACAGACACACCAGCUAAAUGUUAGUGCGACCAAGGACACCAUUGUCAAACCGCCCUUCACCGAUUUUGUUCAUGUAUAUAUGAAUUGCCUCGCAGGCCGCACGUUCCCCACCCCUGAUGUAAAUGAUAAUCGGCAAGUAAACUUAACUUUUCUAAUUGUGUUCAAGUCCAAACGAUUAGUUAUUGUAUACCAACAGCAGCUGAACAUGUGUUCUCAUAUCAGUGUGGUCGGAAGGAUCUCUGCUGGUUGUGUCAUGGCCACAGUAGAGUUAGAAAUUCUGAGAUGAUUCUUUGAUAAGAGAAACAUCUCUUCCCUUUUUUUCACCUCAAACAUUCAUACCUUUAAAUCACAAAUAUAGAGAACAAGGAAGGACUUAUCCAGCUGGUGCAUUAAUCUACAUGUUUUUGUUGAAAAUAUAUAGUCACCUGUACAUUUAGAGUCAGAUCAUAUUUAAUCCUGUAGUGUGCUUUUGGGGUGUGGGAGGGCUGAUCCAAAGUAUUUUUCCUCUUAAGUAGUGUAGAUGUCACUGGGUUUGUUCGGUCAAUUAAGGUUUAAGGGGUUUUGAUGAAGAAUGUAUUGCAUCAACGAAGCACAAUUUUUCAGUUCUUAAACCAGAAGGAGGUUCCUUUUAAGGGUCAGGGUGCCCAGAUUUCAAACUGAUGAGUUGCAGAACAGAGUGUCAACUUUGUUAUUUCAUUUAAUUUAAGGAUUUAAGCUGUUUUCACAUUAUAAACCUGUUUCUAGAGAUUCCAUUGAUCAAUGUCAGUGGUGGGCUGUCCAGUUAGCAAGGCUGCUGAAUAAGUAACUGUUUCUAUACAAACUAAGAGGUGCUCAGCAGGGCAAUAAAACAUUGGGCAGGAAACACACAUAACUAGAAUGGCAUUCAGUAGGGCAAAGGCCUCCCCCAAGGCCCAACAGUCCCCUUAUAAAGCCACAUUUAAAUUCCCUAGAUCCAGUCAUUAUCUGGAACUGCACCAAUCAGUCCUAUAAAUAUGCCCAAGUUUUUCCAUCCGGGUCCAUGUUCUAGUUCCUGAGUAAUUAAUGAAAAUGUUGUUUUUAAAAUGCACUUUCUCUAAACAUUACAGAAAAUCCUGGAUCUGCCACAAAAUGUAAAAGGUUCUUUCUUUGCUCCCGUCCCAUCCUUCCACUAAGUUAUGUGGAAGUUUGUUCGGUAGUAAAAUAUAGUAUAAUAAAUAAAGAGGCAACAACUUAACCACAGUGGCAGAGGUAUAAAAAAAACAAACACCAGUUUAACAACAUUCAAGUGAUAUUGACUUUUCAAGUUCUACUAAAACGUUUUCAAAAUGGUCACCUUUCUCUCUAGAGGCAGUUUUAUAUCGUGGGAAUUGUGCAUGUGCUUUGACAUAGUGCAUGUUCUCAGCUAAGUCCCAUUUAAAACCGUCAGUUUUAUUUUUAGUCAUUGUCGCACAGGCCGCUUGCAAAGCAUUUAUCACUUCCUACUUUAAAUAGCCUGUUGCAAAGCAAAAAAAAACUUGUCCCUGUAAAAUUGCAGAACACUACGGUCGUAAGCAUUUCUGAACAGAUUCUCAUUCAAACUCUGGAGAAUUUAGCACAACUCUCAUACGGUCUGAAGUAAUUUCCAACAGCAUGCUGAAUCAACUGAAGCCUGUGUCAGUAACCGCGUCAAUUUGAAAUGUGAGCAUUUCCUGGUUUUCCAGUCUGCGUUCUUAUUGACUUCUCUCAGAUUUGUUUUUAAUGGUACUGUAUUUUGUGUGUCUGAAAAAUAUACUGUAGGUUAUUUUUUUAGUGUGUUGUGCAGCUACUUGCGUGAAACAGUUCUGAUAUUUAUAAUUGUACUUUGCAAAAGUGUCUUAAGACGUCAUUAUUCUUUUUCUUUCCAGUAUUUCCCUAAGAAUUCCAGUGAAACGGUUGAUUUCAGACGUGUCCCUCCACUCACGCUGUGGUGGUUUCCUCAAAAAGGGUUUAAAUGUUUUUAAACGGUCUUUUCUUUGUUCCUUUUGUUCGAUGUUCCUGUUCCCGUGGCUCUGUGUAACUGAAGAGGUAAAGGCUGCUGCAAUCUUCGUCAUUGAUUUUUCUCUAUGUGAUGUAGUUUCCUUCUCAUCCCUUUAUAAAUUAGCAAGAAAAGAACAACUGAUGGACAGUGUUCAACGAUUUUUUCUUUUGACCAUUGAAAGGUUGAACGAGUUACAUUCACACAGACAGAAGCUACCAGGUUAACUGAACCAGUGAAACCAGUAGCUGAGUGGACAGUGUGCCUCAUGGAUGUUGGUUGUCACAGAUGUGUUGCCUGCAGCUGUUUGAAUGAACUUUGAGCAUGAGUCAGUUUUGCUGCCGUGUUGAUUUUAGAGUUGAUGUUACUUAGCUACACCCUUUAGUGAGAACUCAACCUGAAGUACCUGCCUUAUUUAAAAAAACAAUGAUUUCUGUUUAUUUUUUAUUUUAAGUUUUUGGGAUGGGCUGGGGGGGAUGGGUAUGUACUUUUGAA